AUGCAGCCGGGUCAAACGGAGGAAUCCGGGCAAGGUGGAGCUUUUGCUCGGAGAGCUUGUCAAGAAUGCAGCAGAAAGAAAUCCAAGUGUGAUAGGCUGCUUCCUCGUUGUUCUUCAUGUCAGAAAUACCGCAGGGUAUGUAACUACGAAAGGCCGGGCAAGACGCCGUUAACGAGGAGGCAUCUGACACAAGUCGAAGAAGAACUUUCCAGAGCAAAAGUGUUGCUGAAAGAAUUGCAAUCACGCCAAAGUCGCGAGAACACCAACCGAUCUUCAAUGUCGCUCCCUGAAGUCAAUAUACUGGACAAGGAGCCAGCAACAUCAUCUCCACCUCCCUCUCAAUCCACAGAGUAUCAGAGACACAAAGAGGCAGAUGUAGCCGUCCCUCAGCAGAAUACAUCUCUUCAAGAAUACUUUGGUCCAUCCCGCUCCAGAGAUGCACAGCAGCCGGAGACGGAGUACUGCACCGUGAUUGCUCAUACAGCGAGUCCAAAUCAUCAUAACUUACAUACACCAUGCACUGAUAGACUGUCGAGGUCUAAUAGAGAUAUCAUGAUUUCCCUCGAAACGCCCCCAACAUCGGGGAGUUUUGAAUGGGAUGAACGAAGUGGCCAACCGGGCGGACAAAAGUUUGUUGAUGGAAUGGGAAAUUUGACCAGCGAUGUAGAUGGCAGCGGUUAUCUUGGCGUUGCUUCGGGGGCUGCACUUUUGCGCAUCACCGUAGGCAACAAUAGCCAUCGUUCUGGGACAACAAGCCCAAGGGUAUCCACAAUACCAUUCGCCCUCACCUCCCUGUCUGCAUUGGACGGUUAUAUCGACGACUACUUUUCGCUCUACCAUCGCUCAUAUCCCAUAGUACAUGAGGCAACAUUUCGAGCUCAAUUCAUGGAAAUAAUACCGCGACCCAGCGGAAAUGCUUGGCAGGUUCUGUUGUAUGUUGUAGCGGCUCUAGGGGCAUGGUCUACUGCUACGCAACGGUCGGAUGUUCAUACUGGACUCUUUGAGGCAGCAAAGGCGAGGUUUUCGAUUGAUAUGUUGGAAACUGGCAACCUAGUCCUGGUUCAGGCUUUGACGUUAAUGUCGAACUAUGCACAAAUGGGAAACAAACCAAACUCGAGUUACAAUUACUACGGAUUGGCACGACGUAUAGCUAUGGGAAUUGGCCUCCAUAAGGAGUUCUCGGCCUGGCAACUAAACCCUCUAGUUGUAGAGAUGAGACGCAGAGUUUGGUGGUGUUUGUAUGUAUUUGAUGUGGGAAGCAUCAUUACUUUCUCCAGGCCGUUCGAUUUCCCACAAAGUGGAGUCGACGUUGAACUGCCUAUAAAUGUUCACGACACUGAUCUUACAUUAUCAACAACCCAAAGACCGCCGCCAUCAGAUACAACCACGGUAUACUCACAUUUAAGAGCCCAGUGCUCUUUUCAUAUGGCUACCUGCAACAUCUAUGAAAGGAUGAUAUCGAACACUUUUCCAACAGCGAAGGAAAUGACUACGCUGGACGAUAUAUCAAUAUGCCCAUGGCUGGCUUCACUGCCCCAUUAUUUUCAGCCGCACGCUAUUCAGCCUCCCAAAUAUGCCUUCUGCCAUGCUACGCUUCAAUGGCGGUAUCGCAACUUGCGCAUACUGGCGUACCGUCCAUUUCUCGUUAGACGGGCUAUGUCGGGCUCAGAGUGGGGACAAGACCAGGACAACUUGGAUGACCCAGAAAGCAUCGAUCUCGCAUUUCAACGUUGUCUGGAUGCAUCAAGGGAAUCGACAAUGAUGGCUUCCUGGUACGGACUAUACUUUUUGUUUCAAGCAGUUCUUAUUCCCAUUGUCUGUCUUCGUAAUAAUCCGCAGUCCGACAUGGCAGGAGCGUGGCCAAGUCGGUGUCUUCGUGUUGUAACAUCUCUGACCGAAUCAUAUAUAUCGAAUGAAGAAGAAAUAAACGAACCAACACAAGAGUCAUGGCAGGAUCAGUUGACGGGCUUAUAUCCGAUGAUGUGGCCAGAGCUUGGAUCUGAUUUUGCACAACUCGAUCAUAUCAACGCAUUGCAAGAAUCGACCAUCACAGAUUUUAUGAACCGAAUGUCUGCAUAUGACUAA